UAUAUAAAUAGAGAGAUAUAUAUUAACUCAAAAACUAUACACGAAAAGAGCAGCAAAAGACGAAAUAUAAACAUACAAACACGCGCUCUUCUGUAUAAUCAGUCAAUAACAACUGGUGAUAAUAAAAGAACUUACAACAAUAACAACAACAAAGACGCUUACAACAACAGCAGCAGCAGCAAGAAGCAGCUUAAACAAAGAAGCUGAAGAGUGGAAGAAAAGAAGGCGUUCAUCGUGUUGAUAUCAUUCGAGUAUUUUUGCUUAAUUACACGAUCAACCAAUGGCUGCCUAUCUGGAUCCCACUGGCCAAUAUUGAGCAACGAUCUUUGGAAUCAUUUCUCGGCUGUUUAAGUGACAUCAAUCUUGAAAUAUGGCCGCCUAUCUAGAUCCCACGGGUCAAUAUUGAGCAAGAGCUAAGAAACUUCCAAAAAAGCUCAAAUAAAUUCAUAUAUUUAUUUGCAUUGAGAGAGAAUUUGAAAAUAUAUCACAAAAUGUCGCUGGCUUUGGAUCCCACUGGCACCUACUAGGAUCAGUUGAGAAUAUCUGGUCACAGUCUUCCACUUCACACUCCAUAAGUCAAGUAGAAGCAGCARCAGCAGCAACAGCAGCAACAUGUUCGAUCUGGAUCCCACGGGCACCUAUCGUCGGCCGCGUGAGUCGCGUGACACGCGACACAAGCAGCGCCAGACACUGGACCCCACCGGGCAGUACUAGGGCCCCGCCACGGCCACAUUUCCACACCGCCUUUGCCUUAUCCAAAAA